UGGUGGGAGGAGAGGAAAGGGAGCAAGUGUUUACUCGAAACUGACCAGGAAUAUAGCUCAUAUAUAGAAGAUGAAUCUGGAGGAGGAGGGUUACUGGCGGACAAGCUGCGUCGGCUCUGCAUUAUCAGCCAGUGGCCACACACUCGGCUGAUCUCUGGACCCUCAGAUUGAGCAACACACCAGGAGACAGGCAGCUUCAAAAUCAAUCAGAAACAAAGACAGCAGAGAGGAAAGACGUGAUUCAGAGAAAGGAAAACUAAAAAAGAAAGAGCAACAGCAGGCUGACUUGUGACAGAGUGAGGAGGGAACACAGCUGUUGUAAAACAGAGUUAAACAUUGAUCGAGGCUCUGUGAGGUAUAAUGGCUGAGAGAACUUUUUAUUUAAGGUUUUGGGGAGGAGUAUGAUUUAAGAAAACAGGGGGGUCAGGGGCAGGGGUCCGGCAGGGAGUAAUUGUGGUGACAGCCAGUGCUAGGGGACAAGGACUCAUGUGAGACACAGAGGAAUUAAAAUAUAAAAGAGAAGGAAAAGAGAAGAACUGACAGACCCAAAACUGGAGUUCAGCAUGGGCGUUAAGAGCAAGGCGGCUGCUGCUAUCUUAGUCCUGCUGCUGUUCCUUGGCUCCCUGUGGCUCCAGGGGAGUUUGGAUUACCACUGGGAUUCUUGUUUAAAAGGAUAUAAUCAGGGGAAUACGCUCCACCAGCUGUACAACAGCAGUGGGGCCGAUGGGGCUGAGGGCCCACAGGUCAUAGAGGGGUGCCCUGGUCAGAACUUCCAGGUGUCACUGCUGCUCUCCCACCUGGUGCUGGCUGCACCGGCUUCCUCCUCUGACGUGUUGCUGCAGCCGUAUCUGUCCAGCUGGGACGAGCUUGUGAAGUUUAUGGAAGCUCUGGGCCCGAUGGUGGGUCUGAUAUCCAAAGAGAUAAAAACCAAGACCUCAAUAAUCCGCCAACUGGCCCUGCUGGCAGACGCGGACCCUGAAGCAGAGCUGGGCCCAGAUGUACACUCGAUAAACAGCGUGGGCACAGAAGCUGGAGCAAAGGACAAGCAGGAGCCUUUGCAGCACACUGGUGCCUACCACUCUGUGCGCUCCAUGAUCUGGGUAGAGCUGAAACGAGGACUGGUGGACUUCAAGCACCAGACGGACUCAGGAUGCCGGACGCUUCUGCGUCUGCAUCGCGCUCUGCUGUGGCUAAAGCUUUUCCUGGAGAAGCUGGCUGAGACACCAGUGGCCGGGCGGCUGAGGAGCCCCUCAGAGCUGUGUCGCGAGGCCUACAAGAGCACCCUCGCUGAACACCACACCUGGUUCGUCCGCACGGCCGCCGAGGUGGCCUUUACCGCCAUGCCAGAGCGGGCUUUCUUCUUCAGGCUGGUGUGCGUGCAGAACCAAGAGGAGAUGAGCGCAACGCUGAACAGAGUAGUCCAGGCUUUAGGAGAGGUUUAUGACAGGACGCAGAAAGCCCUGGAGGAAAAUGGCAUGCUGGACUUGCCAUAGAAAAGUGGACCAUCAGAUUUGACUUUAUUUGCACUGUCCUCAUGGUAUCCUGGACAUCACACAUCAAGCUACAAAUGUGGUGUAAACCUCCCAAGGAAACAUGAAUGGACCUUUUCAGCUAAAAUACACAUGUGCCAUAUUUUUCCUCCCAACCAAAGUGCUGCGUCAACAAUCAACUGCUACUGAAAGUUAGUUUGCUUUUAGUCUGUAGACAUUCCUAAACAAAUUUUAUGACAACAUGACUUCUCUACUCAAAGCAGGGGCACCCCCCGGCAAAAACAGUUGGAGGCUGAUAUUUCUGUCUUUAAGAGGCUGUGGCACUCUCAUUUUUAAAUCUAGCAUGAAGAUAGCAUUUUGUGAAACAAGACAACCUAAGGCAUCAGCUGGUACCAACUAUGUUGGCAUAGCUUGUCCAAAAGGGUGCUAAAUAAUGCUCCAAACGUAGGCAAAUUUUGAAAGGUAACAACUGGUAUGGUCAGUUUUCAAAGGGGCCCCUAGAUCUCUCACCUCACGAUAUCUGUAUAAGAAAGGGUUCAGUAGAUACCAACUCUCCCCUAAACUUGAGAUUGCUUGUUCCCAGUAAGUAUUUUCUUCCUUACAAUCAAUGUUCUCCUUCAAAUUAAAGCUGUUUAUUUGUCUUUUUAAGAAAAAGGACAACCAGCCUAUUUGAAGAACAAUGAAUCGCACAUUAAGACAAGAUUGUUGUGAAAGUUGAGGUUGUCAAAUACCACCACUUUUGCAGUGCUUUCAGAGUAAGAUCCAAACGCCAAAAGCCACUUUUCAUGUCCGAAUUAUAUCCCACUGAACAGAACCUGUCUCGGUGUCAAUAUACGGUGGCGGAUGACCAGACAGCACCUGCCACAUCCGCAUGAUAAGCGGAAAUCCAGCAUCACUCGUCGCUCAAACAUAACCACAGGUAGCAUUCUCCCACCAUGUGCUUGUGUUGACAUCAUGGUACUGACAUCCCAGUGCGAAAAUAGCUGACGCAAAAGAAUAACUUGAGCAUAAUAAUGUAUGUAGAUGCAGAAGUCCAAUGCAAAGCAGCAAUAUGUGACUACUUGGGAUUAGACCAUGAUGGCCACCCCAAGUUGCAACCUCGGAGGCAGAAAAAUUAAGGCAAUGCCAAAGAAACUAUCAGUUUCUUGAAUAGUCUCUGGUGGCAAAACAGAUAAAUCCCCAUAGUGUUGAAAUGACCAACUUAACAGUAGAAAUAAACAUGUUUACAGGCUGGUUCAAAAAAAAAAAUGUUUUGGUCUCUACAGCUAAUUCCAAGUUUUAAAGCUGCACCUAUUUAAGAGCAGGGCCGCUUGAGUAACAGGCUGUCUGCAAGUUGUUGCAACAGUCUGUGAGUCAGAUCCACCCCUGACUCCUCGACAGCUCCGACCUCUCAUCCAAAUAUGGUCACUGCUGGCUCCAAAAAACCAAGAUGACAAGGGCCAAAAUGCCAAACUUGAGACUUCAAAACAGCCAUCAACAAAUCAGUGGGUGUUGUCAUGGUAGCCACAUGCAUUAUUUCAUGCAGUCUACGAUGUCACCCCAAGCCUCUCAGUGGCGCCAUCUGCCCAUCCCGUGAAAAAUUUCUGGGGGCGCCUCUCCCUUAGAGAGGCAUUUUUAAGGCAGCUGAUGAUAUAUUUAGGCUGGCUGAACACAGACUGUGACUUUUUUUAAGAAGGUGGACUCAAUAAAAUGAACAGAAACCCAUUUCAAUACCCUGCAAUAAACACAGCAUUUGAUACGCUUAUUAUGUUGUGGAGACUGUAUCAGGGGGAGGGGAUUUUCUAAUGGACUGUAUGAGAUUGUAAAGUUCACAUUUUUGUGCCUACCUCUGCCCAUAUGUGAUUUUUACAUUCAGAAUUCUAUUGAAAAUGACUGCUGUUUUAAUUAUAUUGAAUGCUUGUUGAUUUAGUCUGCUACCUCAGAACUGGCUAGGUCUAGAUGCCUCGUAGCCCUAAAAUCUGGGACCAAUCUAUCCUGAUUAAAGAGCUAUUACACAAAAAAAAAAAAAAAAAAAUCAACAUUUGCUUAAUGAAAGAAAAUAUGGUGCUUCACAGCAGCUGUUCUGUGAGUGUUGAGAAUUAAUUUCUCCGUUAUACAUUUUUUUUUUGUAUCAUGUUGAGAAUGAAUAAACAUCUGUUAAAAAAAAGAGGGAA